AUGAUUAUUAAAGAAUUUCGAAUAUGUAUGCCGAUGACGGUUGAAGAGUAUCGAAUCGCUCAGUUAUAUAUGAUUCAGAAAAAGUCCCGAGAAGAAAGCACGGGUGACGAGAGUGGUGUUGAAAUAUUAAAAAACGAGCCAUAUACUGAUGGACCUGGUGGAAGUGGCCAAUAUACCUUCAAGAUUUAUCACAUCGGGAGUCAUUUGCCAGGCUGGCUUCGCAGUAUAAUUCCAGAUACAGCUCUCCGAGUUGAAGAAGAAGCUUGGAAUGCUUACCCCUACACGAAAACUCGUUACAAAGUACCAUUCAUGGAGAAAUUUUCCCUUGAAAUUGAGACGAUGUACUUGGACGAUGCUGGCGAACGCGAGAAUGUCUUCAACUUGUCAUCUGGAGAUCUAAAUGCUCGAAUUGUUGACUAUAUCGAUAUCGUGACUGACCCUCUAGCUCCUUCUAAACCCAAUGAGGAUCCUUCAACAUACGUUUCUCAGGUAACAGGCCGUGGUCCCUUGCCUAAUAAUUGGCGGGCGGAGUUUCAGGAAGCGAUGCGAACUGGGCGAAAAUAUCCCAAUCAAGGAACUAAGCCGGAUUCCACUGGGAGCGUUGUUGAUCAACCUCUUCCCAUGCGUAUUAUGUGCUCGUACAAAGUGUGUCGUGUGGAAUUCCGCUACUGGGGAAUGCAGUCCAAAAUUGAGAGCUUCAUUCAGGAAGUCGCACUUCGUCGUACAAUGGUCAAUGCCCAUCGACAAGCCUGGACAUGGCAGGACGAGUGGUAUGGUCUCACGAUGAAGGACAUUCGACGUCUUGAAGCGGAAACCGCUAAGCUCCUUGCCAUGAAGGUGGGCCGAUGUGAACCUGAUCUGGUUAUUUCUCCUCCACCUCCUUCAACCGAUGGGAAUCACGUACUCCAGCAGGACCAACAGCCACAAAAUCAACAGCAAUUGUCUUCUCAGACCGAAUGUAAGGAUGUCAAGAAGCAGAAAAUUGACGGUAAAGAGAAAGGAGAUGAAAUAGCCCAUUCAUUGAACUUCGGAUCUUGUUUGAGCUUUGCGUCAGAGACCGAACGCGCCUCCAUGUUUCAAAGUUUUCAUGGUUCAGAUGUAGAUGACGAAGACUUUUUCGAUGCCCAAUGUAUCUACUUUACUAAACCCGGAGAAGUCUCUCAAUCCAAUGCCCUCCUUUUUGUUCUUCAUGGAGGUUGUUUACAGGAGAAAGCAACAGAGGAGUCCAGUAGACAAGCGGAUUACUCCACAUUCAAGUUCGUUCUGGAGUCGAUAGUGUCGAAUGUCUUUCCUGGACUUCAAUCGCGAGUUAUCACCCAACUCGUUCCAUGUCCAUAUCAGACCACUGAAGCUCUUAGAAUGCUUAAUAUGCUGGAUCCUUCUUCUCUUGAGCCGGCUAUCUCAGGUGUUAAUAAAGGGGCAAUGCGCAGUAUUAUCCCAAUCGGCAACAUUCCCAUUCUUCUUACCACCUCACCCCACUAUCCCCAAGAAAUUAACCAACUGGCCCAACUCCUGAAUGAACGAUAUGUGGAGUUCCGUAACUCCAUGGAUGGAAUUCACUUCAGUGGGAACGUUUUCGUGGUUGCUGACUGUGUUAGCUCUAUCAUGGUCUACGAUCUUCUCGUGCUCUCCAACCCCUCUUUUAAACGCUCCGAUACAUUUACGGACAUGGUAAAUAUCCACAAACAAGAAGUUCAGGAUGGACCGUCUCUUUUAUUUGAUGUACAAGAUGUCUUCUUCCUCGGAUCUCCCUUGGGUCUGCUUCUUGCCCUUCGACGGCAAUUGGGUCUUAAUUCUCCUUAUCUUGGUGAGGACUUCACUAUUAAUAGCCAACUAGCACCGGCACGGCCGAAUUGUGAGCAGAUAUUCAACAUUUUUAGUCUUGCCGAUCCUUUUGCUUAUCGUUUGGAACCCCUUCUGGAUCCCUCCUUUGAACACAUUCCAGUUGUUCGUCUGCCUACGAAUUCUGCAGCUGGUCGGUCACUUGAUCAGUGGCAACGUCUUCGAGAACGUCUCCCCAUGGAAGCGUUCUUUAGGGCGAACGUGAAUUCUUCAGUUACUGCUUUGUCGGCAUCUCAUAAUUUCGAUCCUCGAGACUCUUCCAGUCAAAGGCAAUCUUCAAAUCUACCAAAUCCCUCGUUUUCGGUUGGAGCUGAAGACCAGGCAUCAGGGCAAUGCACUUGGUGGGGUCAAAGUCGGAUAGACGUGGGAUUGCACUGUCCUGAGGCUGUCCAAAACAUUCUCUCGCGGGCUCUUCCUCCUCUCGUCCAUUCGAGUUAUUGGGAGUCCAAGGACGCCAGUUUCUUCAUUCUCUGGCAGCUUGCAGAGCGACUCCACGGUAAAACUGUCAUUCAUCCAUAUCCUCCAGUCGAGCCUACAGACGGCGUCUGUCUAGCAGACGAUGGUCUUUGCGACGGUCGUAUUCAAACCAACGAUGAUGAGCCCACCUCACUAUUUCGCACUUGCAAUUCCUCUCCCUCUAUGAAUGCCAAUGGAGUCAGCGGACUCAGUCGCCAAUUCCGAAAUUCCAUCUCUAAUCGCCUGCGUUUCAAGACCAAGGUGACUGAGAAGGCCAAGGCAAAUAAUCCAAAUCAUCGAGGCAAUGAUGCUAUAGUCCUCGAGGGUCAACCACAAAUCAUUACUGCUAGAUUCACCUUUGGGCCGCUUGAUCUUUCCUCCAUGGCGAAUGAAGAGGCGAGUUUGGAUCCUAAGGUGAGAGCGGGCAGUGUGGAUAUCAUGCGCCAUUGGCAUGCCCUUGGCUACCUCCUCAUUUACAUCUCAGCUCGACCUGACAUGCAGCAUCGCCAAGUUGUUGCUUGGUUGGCUCAACACAAUUUCCCUCCUGGUCUCACCUUCUUCCUUGAUGGCAUCUUCACUGACCCUCUGCGACAGAAAGCUCUCCUACUCAAGUCUCUCAUUGAACAGGUACGUCGUCGUCGUCGUCACAAUUUGGCAUUAACGUGCUUCCAUUAUUUUUUUGUCGCUGUUGCUUUCUUCUUCUCAAUUGCUAUUCCUUUCUGUUUUAAAUUUAGCGGUGCAAGUACUCGAAUUUUCAUAGAGGAUAGGAGUGAUCGAAAGAAUAAACUCUGCGUGCACUGCGCCUACGGCUCGGCUAAAGAUGUUCCAAUUUACCGAUCACUGGGUCUCAAGGCACAUCAGAUCUUUGCAGUUGGAAAACUCUCCCGAAGGCAGACUACGGAGGCGACUCCAAUUCGUGAGGGUUACGCUUCACACUUUAAGGAGCUCAUGGAUCGACAGCAUCUUUCAGUUCCAGCAACUGGUCCCCUGAGUGCUGCUGUACUCCGCGAUGCUGCCGAGUUUUUCACUUCAGCGCCUGCUCCCGUCCAGCCGGCAGUCUUUUUUGAUCUUCCGGAGAACAUUUGUGGGAGUGAUUUGAUGGGCACUUCUUCCUCUUCAUCUCCUCCUGUGCGCCGCUGUCUAAGCCAAUUAAAAUUCAACAAUAUUUACAAGGCCGUGGUAGACGUUAUGGCGGAUCCAGAUAGUCUAGAGUCUGAUGCUUAUGAAUUUAUUAAAAAAGCAAAACACUAUGAAGAAAUUAAGGAUUAUAACUUAUCCGUUUUCUAUUACGUGGAAGGAGCUCAAGCUUUUCUGAAUGCUAGAAAUGCAGGAUCUACAAACCCUGAUAUUUUAACACAUGCGAAGUACUAUACAAAACACGCUGAAAGCCUAGCCAAGAAAAAAGAUGAGAGCAAAUCCGAUUCCGACCCACCGCUUAAAAAUUGGGAAUUUGAACGAGCUAAAUGCCUUCUUGACGAAGGCUUACAGGAAGAUGAACGGGAAAAUUACGUCGAUGCGUUAGCAUUAUAUACAGAGUCAGUUGAGAUUCUUCUCAAAGUUUGUAAUGGAGCCACAGAUCAAGCUUUCCGUGAAAAAGUUGAGAAGUUGGCAGCACAAGCAUUAGACAGAGCAGAGGAAUUAAAAAAAAUAACUUCAAAAUCUAAAAUCCCUACCGUCCGCUCUUCUUCACUUCCACACCCAAAGGGGCCUCCGGGAAGUCGGGGGAAUUAUACAACAGAAGAGUUAAAUGUUUUGCGUAAAACAUCAAAAAUAAAUGGUCGAGAGUACUUGCCAUUUUUAGAUGCUAUCGAUAGUCGUGAACGCUUUGCUUUUCCUCGACCUUUCACAGAUUCUCAGGGCUUGUUAGCUCUUUCAUCAAAACAGCAGUCUAGCUUUGUGAAAUGGGUAAGACCCAGUGAAUUCCAAAACGACCCGACUAUGAUUGUCGCUGUGUCUUGUUUUCCCAUCCGCCAAACAUGUGUCACUGAUUGCUCUUUCGUUGCCUCAAUGGCCGUGGCAGCUCAAUAUGAACGACAAUUUAAGAAGCGCCUUAUUACAAAUAUUAUCUAUCCACAAAAACGAAAUGGAGAACCUGUCUACAACCCCUGUGGAAAGUAUAUGGUUAAACUCCAUCUUAAUGGUGUUCCCCGGAAGAUAAUAAUCGAUGAUUUUCUACCCAUGGGCCACCAUGAUGAACUAUUGUGCUCAUUCUCGACAAAUAAAAAUGAACUCUGGGUGUCACUGCUCGAAAAGGCUUACAUGAAAGUCAUGGGCGGUUAUGACUUUCCUGGAUCUAAUUCAAACAUUGACCUACACGCAUUGACUGGUUGGAUACCGGAAAGAGUUUCGAUAAAAAGUGGUUCCAAUGAUUUUGACCCAGAUAAGGAAUUUCGACGUCUGGAGAAGAGGUUCCAUCAAGGACACUGCUUAGUUACAGUGGCAACUGGCAUGCUCACGCCUGAUGUAGAGGAGCGAAGUGGACUUGUACCCACACACGCCUACGCUCUCCUUGAUUUACGACAAGUUAAUAAUACUCGCCUAUUCCUUCUCAAGAAUCCUUGGAGUAGAACACGUUGGAAGGGUAAUUUCUCUAGUGAAGAUACAAAACACUGGACGCCAGAAAUGCAGAAGGCACUCAACUAUGACCUCAACAGUGCCCAAUACGUCGACAACGGCGUAUUUUGGAUCGAUUACAAAUCAUUCCUCUACUUCUUUGACGUCUUUUACAUAAAUUGGAAUCCCGAACUCUUCCCAUAUACAACCUGUAUUCAUAGUGAAUGGUCAGCAUCUGAAGGUCCUAAAAAGGAUGUUUAUUCGUUUGCAAAUAAUCCUCAAUAUACUCUGGAAGUACAGGCUAAAUCUCAGGCACCUGUUUGGGUUCUUCUUACUCGACAUAUUACUAAUAAAAAUGACUUUGCCCAUAAUAAUGAAUUCAUCGGCCUAGUGGUGUAUAAGGAUAUUCCGGGUCGAAAAGUCUACCAUCCAAAUGAUCCUGUUCCAAUGAAAGAUAGCGUGAGGAUCAACUCUCCUCAUUGCCUGAUCCAACUAGUACAAGAAGCGGGAACUGUGACCUAUACUCUUGUGGUAUCCCAGUAUGAAAAAAAUGUCACCAUCCAGUAUACCCUUCGUGCUUACUCAACUGCUCCUAUGAGGUUCUCUCCUAUUGUUGAUCCUUACACUGUCACCAAAACGGCGACUGGUGAGUGGAAAGGCGAUACUGCGGCAGGUUGUCAGAACUAUCCUAACUUUGAUAAAAAUCCAACAUUUGAAGUGGAGUGGCCUAACAAUGAGCCAGACAACCAGGUCCUUGUGGAAGUGCGCGGACCUCGAGAGUUCGCCAUCGGAUUCACGUUGGAUGCUGUCAAUCUCACCAACCUAGCUCCUCUCAAUCCGGCGCGCUCUUUUUCCACGGGCAACUAUCGCCGCGGCUACACAAUGCUAGAAAUGUCUGGUCUUUCAGGAGGGAAGUAUAAACUAACAAUUGCUACGUUCGAGCCGAAACAGGAAGGUCCCUUCAUUAUUUCAGUAAAGAGUACCCGACCUCUUAAGCUUACUCGACGACGAUAG